CGUGGGCUCUACUGCCUCCGCCCGGGGUUUCUCGCCUUCUCUCUCUCUCUCCAUUUCCCAUCGUCCCAACCUCAAAUACAGCAGAGAAGCUCCAAGAUGGCGCAAGCAAUUUUCGAGGCGUUGGCAGGAAUCGACAACCAGACGGUGUUGGCUGUGCAGUCACUUCUAGACAGUCAGGGAGCGGCGUCAGAGCCCGGGACCCAAGGUGUGACCACCGGUAUCCAGUCUGCUCUGGAUGAGGAAGACGUCUUUCUCUGUGGAAGAUGCAAGAAACAGUUCAACUCGCUGCCAACCUUCGUUUGCCACAAGCGGGACCAGUGCCCAGGGGGUGGGGGACCAUCGCUGGCCUCCGUCUCGCUCGCCCCCAGCGGCCCCUACACCUCCGUCCCCACCCUCAGCACCGGACCACCCCCACCUGUCAGCCGCCAGCAAGUCCCCACCUACAUCACGGUGCCUCACUCGCCCCUCACACAGGCGCUUCUCCAAGGUAACGUAGUGGUGAGUGACGAUGUUCUGAUGUCAGCCAUGUCGGCCUUCACCUCCCUGGACCAGACGCUGCCCACACAGAGCAGUCACAACGUGCACCCGGUCACCUCCUACAUCACCCCUCCUCCACCCCCUCCUCAGCCUGCAGCCGUCUCCAUGACACCCAGCUCCAGCGGCAGCUCGGCGAUCCAGGUCUACAGCGCACUGCCCCCCUUGACCGGAAACUCCUCUGACGGAUCUUCGCUGGCAAUGCCACACUUCCAGGUUCCCAGCCAGUGUGUGGAAAGCUCGCCCUUCAACACACCACCCAUCUACAGCCCGGGGAAGCAAAGCUUCAUCACCAAGACCAGCAGCAUCAUCGCCGCACCGGCCCUCAACCCCAGCGCCAACCUCUCUGGCCUCCAGAGCGAGGCGACCAAGAACAAAGACCCCGCCAGCAUGCAGGAAGGCAAAGGGAAGCUUCCAAAGCUGAAGUGUAGCUACUGUGAUAAGAUGUUUGCCAAGAACUUUGAUCUCCAGCAACAUAUCAGAAGCCACACUGGCGAGAAACCGUUCCAGUGUAUCGUGUGUGGCCGCGCCUUCGCCCAGAAGUCCAACGUCAAGAAGCACAUGCAGACCCACAAGGUGUGGCCGGCGGGGAACUCUCGCACCACCGUCUCCAUGCAGGUGGUGGCCGUCAGUCCGGAGAGCAAGAGGAUACAAGGAGAGAACGAGGCUGCAGAUGUAUCAGAGAGUGCCGAACAUGUUCCACGUCAGACGCCGGAUGUCCCUCCGCCAGACGGGAGUCAGGAGGCGAGGCAGAUGCUGGUGAUUGACAGCUCGUACCAGUGUCAGUUCUGCCCCAGUAAAUUCGUCACUUACUUCCAGCUCAAGUCGCAUAUGAUCCAACACAAGAACCAGCAGGUAUACAAGUGUGUGGUGAAGAAUUGCACACAAACUUUCGUCAAGCUGGAGGAGUUUGUCGAACACAUCAAGAACCACGACGAUGAAAUCACGUAUCGCUGUCACCUCUGCAACAAGAUCUUCCCUUCACUCUACGAACUUGGUGUCCACCAGUAUUCCCACAGUUUGUACCCACAGCAGGUGCCCAAGAAAGGUCCCACAUUCUACAGGUGUUCGAGGUGUUUGAGUAAGUACUCCACGCCUGAGGCCCUGGAACAUCACCUGCAGACCGCCACUCACAACUACCCCUGUCCGCACUGCCAGAAGGUCUUCCCAAGCGAGAGGUAUUUGAGGAGACAUCUCCCUGUUCACGGUGGAGGGGGAGUCUUCAAAUGCCAGGUCUGUAAAAAGUCGUUCAAAACAGAGCACUAUCUCAAACUUCACCUGCUCAUCCAUUCCGGUGAGAAACCGUUUAAAUGCUCGCUGUGCUCGGCAGCCUUCAACCGCAAAGAUAAAGUCAAGAGACACAUGCUGACCCAUGACCCCGUGAAGAAAUUCAAGUGCCCUUUCAGGGUGCAUUCGGGUUGUACAAAAGAAUUCAACAGGCCUGAUAAACUCAAAGCUCAUAUAAUCGCACACUCUGGUAUCAAGCCCUACAAGUGCCAGUAUUGCAGCAAGAGCUUCAGCCGUCGGGCACACAUGACAGAACACCAGCACUCGCACACGGACACCUACACCAUCCGCUGCGAGCCCUGCGGCAAGGGCUUCACCCGGGAGAAGUACCUGCGGCAGCACCGGUGCAGCGCGUUCCCCAACCCCGAGGAGCGGCCAGCCAGGAAGCGUCACUGCACCGCCCGUCGGGUCCCCAGCCGCCCCAGGAAGGCAGCUGCCGGGAGCCAGAGGGCAGAGGGCGGGUGCCCGCCCCCCGAGGGGGCCGAGGCGCAGGUGGAUCCCGCCGCUGUCCCCUCGGAGGCCAAGGAGGCCAGGGCGAGCCUGGACACUGCCUCUCAGGACUGUAGCAGCCUGCCAGUUCCGCCCAGCGGCCAACCCGUCGCCUUGCGGGAGGUCCCUGUCUACAUCCAGAACCCAGAGUGACUGUGGACUUCUCUGCGACCACCGGACUUUGCUAUUUUUAAAAAAUACAAAUGAACUUCGCAUUAGAUACCAGAUAUCUGUGGAGUGUUAGGGCAUGAAAGACCAGGGUGAUGCCCACCUUGGCGUGAUCUUGGCACCUUUCACACGGCGCAUGGGAGCCCAAGGACCAAACCACAGAACAAUCGAACCACAAAAUAAA